AUAUUGUACGAACGUGAUAAAGUUUUCACGUUAUAACAUAUCUUUUAUUGUUCGAGCAUGAUAUAUUGCCGUAAAACAUAGUGAAGUGGUGACAGUACAGAUCAGAGUGCGAGAAAAUGGCACGUUUAUUGGAAUUAAUUAAGUUCUAUUUUAUGCUUGGAUUGAGGCAUGGGGAGAUUUUGCUGUUAUUGAGCAGUUUGGACAGUAUUGUGAUAAGCAUGCGGACACUUAGAAGAAACCUAAAACGCGGACUGUACAGGAGAAAGAAUGAGUCCGAUCCGAUUGAGGUGGCAGGAUUUCUUAUUGAUCAACUGGAGGGACACGGGAGGCUCCAUGGAUACAAACUACACCACCUGAACUGCAUUCAGGCAGGUUAUGUUGUCACGCAGAGUACUGUGAGACAUUUACUGAAAUAUCUUGACCCUUACGGUGUUGAGCAACGACGCAGAAAUCGCCUAAUGCGACGCACGUAUGUAAAUCCUGGACCAAAUUUCAUGUGGCAUGUUGACUCCUAUGACAAACUCAAGCCUUUUGGAAUCUGUAUAAAUGGAGCUAUUGAUGGCUUUUCGAGAGUUAUGAUUUGGCUUCAUGCCUAUUCAACAAACAAUGAUCCCAAAGUCAUUGCUGCAUAUUUCAUAGCAGAAGUUGAAAAGAGGAUGGGAACACCUGCUAGGAUUCGCUCUGAUUUGGGAACAGAAAAUGUCAUAAUGGCGGAGAUGCAACGAUUCUUGCGAUGGACUAUGGAUCCGAACGUCAGAAACUGUUUUAUUACUGGAUCCAGCAAUCACAAUCAGCGUAUUGAAGGCUGGUGGGCCUUUCUGAGACGACAUCAUGCUCAGCACUGGAUAAAUCGUCUCCAGGAACUAAAAGACCAUGACUGCUUUUCUGGAUGUUUUUUGGACAAGCAGCUCAUAUUGUUUACGUGCCUGAACGUCAUCGAGGAAGAGCUGCAGCAAGUUGCACAUAUGUGGAACACCCACAUAAUACGCAGAAGCAGAAAUGCAGUUGCUCCAAGUGGACGUCCGAUUCUCAUGUACACCAUCCCUCAUCUCUUUGGAGGACAGGAUCAUCUGAAAGAGGUUUCUCGGGAGGCAGUGGAUGCUUGUAAGCAAGAAUGCCAACAGAGAGGACCUUAUACCUGUGAUGAAACCGUUUUCAGCUUGUGUUGCCUUAUAAUGUCAGAGAACUUCUUACUUCCACCAAGCACAGCAGAUGAAUCCAUUGAACUGUAUCUCUUCCUGAGAGCCUAUAUACUGAAGGACUUAUAAACCUUAAUAUAAUUGGGUUUGGGACUUUUUACGCACAUAUUUUUUGGUACAAUGUUUUAUUUGUGCAAUAAACAAUAGAAAAGACAAUCAUUAUUAUUUUGUUUGGAUUUUUGGUUCAAGAUAGUAGCAAGCAAGCAUGUCUAAAUAUAUUUAACCAAAUCUGUGUACUCCAGUGAAGAAUCAAAAUUAAAGCAGGUCCUUGUAUUAGUAUUGCAUUUCUUUUUUUAAUAUUUUGACUGAGACAUUUAUGCAAAAAACAGGUGUUUGCUUCCCAUCUAAAGAAAACAUUUGACACCUGUUUAUUAAUGAGAACGUUGAAGUAAAUGCUUGAAUACGCAAAAUGUUUUAAAAAUAAAUCAGCAGAAAGACGUGCAUUGAAUAAUCUCAACCUUUUGGCAUUUCCAAUUAUUUUUUAACUGAAUUUCUAUUAUAUCUGAUUUCUGUUUUAAGACUGUUGAAAAAACAUUUUUUAAACUGCUGAUCCUAUACAUUCUCAUUCAUGAAAUAUUGUUUUCAAUUUUACUGAAAACAUUGUGCAACUGUUAUUCACCCACGAACAGUUUCUUGUAAACUGGCAAAUAUAAAAAUUCUGCAUUAUGUAAUAAUUACCAAACACUGUUAGAUGUUAACCUCCCUUUUAUUUGUGUUCAAGGAGAAGAAAACACGGACUCUUGAUAAACACUACAAAACUUAACUUAUGUGCCAAUUUUCUGUCUUUUAUCCCAGUCAACUAUUGCAUCAAACACACUGCCUUCCAAAGUUAUUCCCUUAAAAUAUGUUCUAAACAAAUGACUUGUGGAAAGGUAAAAAAAAAAAAAAGAUACUUGAAAAUAAUUAAUAUUAAAUCUUUUGAAUUAUUACUAAACAAAACAUCCCCUCUAGCAGACAUCUUG